GAAAACGAAACAAAAGAACACAUUGCAAAUAAAACAAAAAAAAAAAACCAUUAAACUAACAGUGUGCGCCGCUGAAUUUUACAUCAUCGACAAAUAGUGUUCCGACGUUCCGAAUGCUGCCGAACAACAACUAACUGUUAUUUCGAUCAACAACAAAACAAACAACGUUCAGCGAGCAGACCGCGAGCGGACACAAGGACCCACUCCACUCCACUGCACGCCAAACCAAUCCGACGGCCAACGCCAACGCCAACGCCAAUUUUAACUACUGUUCGGGGCGCCACCAGCGACUAGCGAAGGAUAAUUGAAUCAUAAAGGAAUCGGGAGAGCCGGGGCGCCAAAAAAGCGGAGAGGAGCUGCCCGAAAGUGUGCGUGCCCCGAAAGUUCGGCAGCGGGAAAUGCCAACAAAGCCGAGCAAAUAAUUGCUGUACCCAGAUCGAGCACGGGCCAACAUUACGUACACGGACGGAGAGUGGCAAGCGGAGACUGGCAAGCGGAGAGCGGCAAGCGGAGAGCGAAGGGAGAGAAGCUUGCACAGAGGCCGGCUGCAGGGAAAUGAGUGGCGUCCUGCUUUAAUUAAAGCCGAGCGCGGAGGAGUGCGCGGGACGUGCACGGUGCACGGAGCACGGAGCACACGGAACACACGGAGUGGAGGCAAUUGAAACGCAAUGUGGCUGAUGCCGUGGACCGUGGACAACGCAACAAAGUGGACGAAAUUGCUUUUGGAAGAGCGCGAACGCUUGCAGAACCGCAGACAGGCAGCCGAUACAGCGAUAGAGCGAUAGAGAGAGAGCUAGACAUUAAUUCUGAUUAAAAUUUAUAUAUUUUUUGCCGAGACCCCGAGCAACCCGUACAACGAGCCCCCCAUACAAGCCCCGACCAACGACUGAGCAACAAAAACAAGCAGAAACCAAAAGGAGGAAAGCAGGAAAGCAGGAAGCAAGCUUAAAGUUUUGCAUUCCUGUUGCAGGCAUCUUGUGGCAGGGAAUUCGGUUUUUGCAUGCCGCAAGCGUUGCAGCAGCAGCAGCCACACAUGAACACGCCGCUCUGACGAGAGCCAGCAAGGAGGACGACAAACAGCAUAAUUUCGUCAACUGCAGCCAAGCGGUCGUCUGUCAGCAGCAGUGGCAGUGGCAUCCACAUCCACAUCCACAACAGCUGCAAAACAUAGCCCACCACCACCUUCAUCGGAGGCCCCACAUCACCACCAGGAAGAGGAGGAGCAGCAAAGGCAUUGUCACAUCCAGCAUUCAGCAUUCUUUGUCAUAUCCCCCAUUCAGGAGAAGCCCAGCACGGGAGCAGCAGCGUAGGAGGAGGCAGAGACCACCCCAAAGCCCGCACCAAUGAAUCUGCUCUGCUGCUGCUGUUGCAGUAACAUGGCACCCAACCAGCGCGUCACACGCAAAUGGGAACUGUUUGCCGGACGCAAUAAAUUCUACUGCGAUGGAUUGCUAAUGUCCGCACCGCACACGGGCGUCUUCUACUUGACGUGCAUCCUGAUAACCGGCACCAGUGCGCUCUUCUUUGCGUUCGACUGCCCGUUCCUGGCGGAGCGCAUCAACCCAGUCAUUCCCAUUGUGGGCGCCGUCCUCUACUUCUUCACGAUGAGCUCCCUGCUGCGCACAACCUUCACGGACCCGGGCGUCAUACCGCGUGCCUCCAACGACGAGGCGGCCUAUAUUGAAAAGCAAAUUGAGGUGCCAAACUCGCUGAACAGCCCCACGUACCGCCCGCCGCCGCGCACCAAGGAGGUGCUCGUCAAGGGCCAGACGGUCAAGCUGAAGUACUGCUUCACCUGCAAGAUCUUCCGGCCACCGCGGGCCUCCCACUGCAGCCUGUGCGACAACUGUGUGGACCGCUUCGAUCACCACUGUCCCUGGGUGGGAAACUGCGUGGGAAAGCGGAACUAUCGGUUCUUUUAUUUGUUUCUAGUCUCAUUGGCAUUUUUAGCUGUAUUUAUAUUCUCGUGCUCUGUGACGCAUUUAGUUUUAUUGAUGAAAACCGAGCAAGAGGUCUUCGAAGUAAUAAAGAAGGCGCCCUUCACUGUGAUUGUUGUGUUCAUUUGCUUCUUUUCGAUAUGGUCCGUCAUCGGACUGGCCGGAUUCCACACCUAUCUGACGACGAGCGACCAGACGACCAAUGAGGAUCUCAAGGGAUCCUUCUCAUCGAAGGGCGGGCCGCGCACCCAGAACCCCUACUCGCGGGGCAACAUCUGCCUCAAUUGUUGCCACAUCCUAUGCGGACCCAUGACGCCCUCGAUGAUUGACAGGCGCGGCUUUGCCACCGACGAGUACAUCCAGCAGAUGCAGCAUCAGUCCAGUCCCCGGCACGCCCUCAGCGAUGUGCUGAGCGCCUCCCAUAUGGUCACCACCGCGCAGCCCAUGCUGGGCGGCCCGGGCGGCGGCAUUGGGGGGGCGGGCGGCGGCAUCAGCAUAGGGGGGGCGGAGCUGAAGCCCCGCUUCUACGACGAGUCGAAUCCCUCCUCCUCAACAAUGGACGGAUCAGGGGCCGCCGCAUCAGCCGCCCUCAACGGCCACGGCCUCGGCCAUGGACAUGGACACGGACAUGGCCAUGGCCAUGGCAAUGGCAACGGGAACGGCAACGGGAACGGCUUCGAACACCCGCCACCCAGCUACGACCUGGUCCAGAACGGUAAUUCCAAUAGUCUAGCUCAGCUGGUGGACAACGAGAUUCCCCUAGCCCAGAUGGACAUUCCGGCGUACACGCAGCAGACGGCCACCCAGGCGCGCCAGUUCCGCCACCGGCACCACAAGCAGCGGCAGCUCUCGAACGGAGCCUCGGUCAGCUACGAGAAUCAGCUGGCCACCGCCAGCAGUGAGGACGAGCUGGACGACGCCGAGGUUGUGGUCGUCGGCAGUCCGGAGGUGGUGGCUGCAGUGGCUGCCAUUGCCACCAAUAAGGCGCGGGGUCUGCGGAACCGCAGCGGUAGCUACAGCAAUCUCUUCGACGCGGACUUUGAGGCGGCACUGGUCAACUCCGCCCUGGCUGAAGGGCAGGCAGGAGCGGAGGCAGCUGGUGGCACGGCAACGGGCUCCACCGAUGUCUUCAAGCCCUCGGCUGGUGCUGCAUUGUUGGCUGUCGCCAUGGGCGGUGACCAUGCGCUGGCCAGCUCGGCCUCCAAGACGGAGAACAUGUACAGCAAUGUGCCGCACGUGGCGAGUGCCUCCAACGCAGCGCCCCCAGACGCCGCCCUGCACGUCUACUCGAACAUCAUAGACGAGCGGGCACAGCAGCAUCAGCGAGAGCAGCUUCAGGCCACCACUGUGCUGUCUUCGACGCUCUUGAGCGACGACCUCGAUCUGGACGAUCCAGUGAGUGCCUCCUUUGUGGCCGCUCACUCGCAGCGCAAGUCGAUCGGCGACGGGGCGGAGCAGGCCAAGUCAGCAGAUCGGCUGCGCAUGCUUCACGACACCACGAUGAUCGACACGGCACUGGACCUGGACAGUCUCGACGGCUCCAGCAUGGGCAACAACUCGCAGUCUUGCCUGGUGAAGUCGAACAAGCCGACAGCCAGUGGUUCCAACGUGAACAUAGUCUGAGCCAAUCCUUGCCCUAUGCCCUAUGCCCUGUGCCCUGUGCCCUGUACAUAGGUGUACAAUAGAUAGAUAUAAUCAGUUUUUGGGUCUGUCGAGUAUUACUAAUGUUCCAUUAAACGUGCCUGCCGGGGUUUUUAUUUUAUCAUUUUAACAUUUGCCACUUUCCAUUUGUGUGCUGUGGUGGAUGGGUCGAGGGGCAACACGAGAUAUAUAUGUAUGCAUGUAUUAAUGUAUGAAUGAGAGAAGAUAAACCUAUCAGCAGGCAGCUAAAAUAUUACCUUAACGCGUUACGCAUUCGAAACAGAUAUAUGUACACUUAUACACAUGCAUAUAUUAUACGUACAUAUAUGGUAUAACUAAGCAUUUACACAUAUACUAUGUAUACAUAUGUAUGUAUGUAUGUAUAGCAACACAAAAUGUGGUGAACAAUGUUAACAAUUCAAUGGCAUUAAUGAGAAAAACCAAGAAAAGUAAAGAAAUAAAAAGAGAAGAGAAGAAACCAAUACUAUAUGGGGAGAAACUGUUUAUACAAUACCAAUACACGACGCAAACAUAUAAAUCAAUUAUAAGUACGUACGCGGAUAAAGAUAAAGUUAUACAUACAUGUAUGGUUAGUUAUAGUGUGCGAGUAUCAUUUGUAUAUUUAAGUUUUUACAGCGACCCAAACGAGUCCGCAUCGUUGUUCAGAGUUUAAUGCUAGUUGCGAUAGUGGGAGGAGGGCGAACAAUAAAAACCCCAACAAGAAUACUAUCCUGCAAUAUACAUACAUAUGUACGUGAAGUUAAGUUACGUGAAAAUAUAGGAAGAACGGGGAGGAGCAAAUGUUAACAGCAUAAGAGUUAAAAGCAACAAUGUGGUGUAUUAAAUGUUCAUAAAGUUACCAUUAAGUGUAUUUUCAAGGUGUAAAAUGUUAUAUGACAAAUUAAAUCGAGUUCGAGAGUUCGACAGCUCCAAUGCAUGAGAGGGCAAAAAUGUUAAGCGUAUGUUAUGCGAAACUAACAAAACUACAAUUAUACAAAGAAUAAAAAUUUAUAAAUAGA